AGUACACUCAUCUACUCCAGUACUUCCCUUCUUCCCAAGCACACCAAAUGCAUGCCCGAUACAUACCACCGUGCCACGAGCUAUCCAUUGUCUCCCCUUUUGGCACCUCCCCUCCUCAUCCCUCCCACGCGAAGCUCGCCAGAUCCCGAGCCGUCCCGGACGCCGAGCAUCGUUCCUGUCCCCUGGCCUAAAUCACGAUCGGUCGGCUUUCCCAUUUACCCCUAUGGCACCUGCGCGUCAGCAAAUCGUGCGGUCGCGCUCGUGGACACGGUAUAAGUAGCCGAGGGCACGCGUUCCGUUCGUUGUGGAUCUCCCCGGACUCCUCCCGCCAGCUCACAGUCGCGGCAUAUAUACACGACCAGUCAUGAUGCGUCGCACGGCAGUUGCAGCAGCCCUCCUCGCGUCCGCGCGCUCUGUCUUUGGGACCACGAUCACGGACGACGCGUCGGUGGCGGCGUCCAAGUCCUUUGACUACAUCAUCGCCGGUGGUGGUCUCACCGGCCUCGUCGUCGGCAACAAGCUCUCUGGCGCGGGUUACUCCGUCCUCAUCGUCGAGGCCGGACCCAACUCCCAGUUCGUCGACGCGAUCAAUGUGGCUACGGCGCGUAGUGGUAUCACUGCGGCACAGUGCAACUGGAAGUACGAUGCGCUGGCCGACGACGGCUCCAAACUCAGCUGGCAGAUCGACAGCGGUCGCUGCCUCGGCGGCAGCUCCUCCAUCAACGGCAUGGUCUGGUACCACCCCACCCAGCCCGAGAUCGACACGCUCAAGUCUCUCGGCAACAAGGGCUGGGACUGGAACUCGCUCUACCCCUACAUGAAGGCCGUCGAGCACAACCACCUCCCCACCAACGAGCAGCGGAACGAGGGCGCCAACGUCGACAAGGACCUCCACGGCUUCAGCGGGCCCGUCAACGUCUCCUUCCCCGACCCCAUGCGCAUUCCGGAUGCGCAGCGUCUGUACAAGGCGGCGAUCCCGCUGGUGUUCAACGGUGUACAGCUUACGGACGAUCUCAGUCACCGCACGAACACUGCCUUCGGCUCAACGUCCUGGACUAUCUGGAAUGACGAGUCUUCGGGGACGAACGUGGUCAGGCGCUCGUCUGCCGCACACGCGUUCCUCUACGCCCAGAACCAGCAGCGCUCGAAGCUGACGGUGCUGUACAACCACAAAGCGCUCAAGGUCAACUUCGACUCGAAGAUCAAGGCGACUGGUCUGCAGUUCGGUCCUUCCGCCGGCGGCUCCAUCUACACUGCUACCGCAAAGAAGGAAGUCCUGCUCGCGGCCGGCAGCCUGCAGACGCCGCCCAUCCUCGAGCGCUCCGGUGUCGGCGAGGAGGCCAUCCUCGAAAAGUUCGGCAUCGACACCCUCGUCGACCUCCCCGCCGUCGGCCGCAACCUCCAGGACCAGCCCGGUACCGGCGCCAGCGCGCUCGUCAACGACGCGAACGCGACGAACACGGCCCUCAUCGACGGCAUCAACCUCUUCGCGCCCGUCAUUUCCCUUGUAAACAUCGACCAGAUCUUCGGAUCGGACUCGAGCGCGCAGGCGUCUGCGCUAUCAUCGAGUCUGUCGGCGAAGGCACAGGCGGCGGUGGAUGCGGGUGCGAUGGCGUCGACGAAGAGUGCACAGGCGUUGUUCAAAGCGCAGGCGAACCUGGUGCUGAACAACAAGAUGCCAAUUGCGGAAGUUGUUGGCGAGAGCUACCCGGGCGUCAUGACCUCCGUAUUCUGGCCUCUGCUGCCCUUCUCCCGCGGCCACGUCCACAUCGCCAGCUCCGACCCCUUCGCCGCCCCCGCAAUCACCCCGCGCCUCCUCACCGACGACUUCGACGUCAAGGUCGCCGUCACCAUCGCCAAGAAGGCGCAGUCCAUGUUCACCACCGAGCCCUUCAGCCCCAUCAUCAGCUCUGCCUACGUUGACGUCCCUGCUGGCGCGUCGGACGCGGACUGGGAGGCGUGGUACAAGGAGACCGCAUACGCUGCCUCUCACUGGCUCGGUAGCUCUGCCAUGCUGCCGCGCGAGUACGGCGGUGUGGUGAACAAUAAGCUCCAGGUCUACGGCACGAAGAACCUUCGUGUCAUCGACGCGUCCAUCCUCCCAAUUCAGGUCACCGCCCACACCAUGACUACAGCCUACGCCAUCGCGCAGAAGGCAGCGGACAUUAUCCUCGGCAAGGACACCUCCGUCAACUAAUCGUUGAAUGGCCUCAACGUCUUUAUGGCCCACGCACGACACAGCUUAUGUCGCACGCACUCAACGAGUGCGAACUUACACAUAGAACGACGACGAACGGGAGGAAGAGGGAAGAUGUUACUAGAGAAAAAACUGUACUGAUGACCACUGCCUCCCCUCGACUUCGCGAGGGUGGUUUACGAAGGCUGUGUUGCCUAUUUAUUACUUCACGCUAUUGCUUCGGGUUAGAUUGGUGUAGAACAAAUG